AUGGGCAUCUACAAGGCAGCGCUGAAGGACACCCCCAAGGAGGUGACCAACUGGCGCCUUUUCUAUGGCGUGUUCGUCUUCGGUCUAAUGGGCGCUGCCCGCGGUCUCGACGAGGGUCUCACCGGCACCACGGCCGAACAGCACUCCUUCAUCAACAAAUUCGGCCUCGAGGACCCUUCCCUCAGCGAAGGGGAGCAGGCAAACCUCCUCUCGAACAUCACCUCCAUGGUGCAGAUGGGCUCCAUUCUCGGCGCCAUCAUUGCUUUCUGGGUAACGGAUAAGAUUGGGCGCCUUUGGGCGACACGCGAGCUCUGCCUUGUUUGGGUUACCGGCAUCUCCAUCUACCUUGCUGCUUCGGCCAAUGGCAGCAUCGGCAUGGUUUAUGCGGGCCGCUUCAUUGCUGGCGUCGGCAUUGGCCAGACCACCGUCGUCGCUCCCACCUAUCUUGCUGAGAUUGCUCCGAGGGCACUUCGCGGACUUUGCGUCUGCAUGUUCGCUGGCAGCGUCUACCUCGGAAUCAUGCUGGGCUACUUCGCUUCUUGGGGCUCCUCGCUCCACAUUUCGGACGACAGCCAGAACCAAUGGGUUGUUCCCAACAGCCUGCACCUCAUGUUCGCCGGCAUUAUCUUCAUCCUCAGCUUCGGUUCCAUCGAAUCCCCCCGCUGGCUUAUCAAGGUCAACAGGCACGAAGAGGCUGCUGCGAACCUCUCGCGCCUGCGCCAGCUCCCGGCCUCGCAUCCGUUCGUCCAAACCGAGAUCAUCGACAUCAAUGACCAGCUCAACCGUGAGCAGGAGGCAACCCACGGCGCUUCCCGGUGGGGCGUCGUCAAGGAGCUCGUCUCCACCCCAGCCAACCGGUACCGCCUGAUGCUGUCCCUUUUCUCGCAGCUGCUGGGCCAAUGGAGCGGCGCCAACUCCAUCACCAUCUACGCGCCCGAGUACUUCAAGAUGAUGGGCACGACCGGGCAGUCGGAGAAGCUCUUCGCGACGGCCAUCUUCGGCGUCGUCAAGUUCAUCUCGGCGCUCCUCUGCGCCUUCUUCCUCAUCGACUUCAUCGGGCGCAAGCGCUCGCUCGGCUCGGGCAUCGCGCUGCAGUUCGUGUCGAUGCUGUACAUGGCCAUCUUCCUCGCCAUCGACAAGGGCGUCGCGGACACGGGCGCGCCGCAGAGCCCGUCGCAGAAGCACGCCGCCAUGGGCGCCAUCGUCAUGAUCUACUUCUCCGGCUUCGGCUGGGCCCUCGGCUGGAACAGCGUCCAGUACCUGAUCAACUCGGAGAUCUACCCGCUGCGGCUGCGCGCCAUCGGCGGCUCCAUCGCCAUGACGAUCCACUUCGUCAACCAGUGGGCCAACAGCAAGGCCGUGCCCAACAUGUUCAUCGCCCUCGGCAACUCGGGCACCAUGUUCUUCUUCUCCGCCAUCACCCUCAUCGGCUUCGUGUGGGUGUGGUUCUUCCUGCCCGAGACGAGCGGCAAGAGCCUCGAGAGCAUGGACCGCAUGUUCGACCUGCCCUGGUACCUCAUCGGUCGCAAGGGCAAGCAGAUCAGCGACGCCGAGCCGAGCACCCUGGCCGAGGCGUACAAUUCGGAGAAGGCGGGCGAGGAGAAGCGCCUCGAGCACGUGUCGGAGCAGGAACGGGUUUGA